AUGACCAGUUUUCUACCUAUCUUUUUUUGCACCCUACUAAUGACAGAAUUUGUUCUUGGAAAUUUUGCCAAUGGCUUUAUAGCACUGGUGAAUUUCAUUGACUGGGUCAAGAGACAAAGAAUCUCCUCUGCUGAUCAAAUUCUCACUGCUCUGGCCAUCUCCAGAAUUGGUUUGCUCUGGGCAAUAUUAAUAUAUUGGUAUACAAGUGUGUUUUUUCCGGGUCUCUAUACCAUAGAAGUAAGUAUGAUUAUUCAUAGUACCUGGACAGUGGCCAACCAUUUUAGCAUCUGGUUUGCUACUAGCCUCAGCAUAUUUUAUUUGUUCAAGAUUGCCAAUUUCUCUAACCUUAUAUUUAUUCAUUUGAAAAAGACAGUUAAGAAUGUAAUUGUAGUAAUAUUGUUGGGAACUUUGGUUAUUUUGUUUUUUAACCUUGUAGUGAUAAACAUCUAUGAGAGUGUGAACAUAAAAGAGUGCAAAGGGAACAUGACUUGUAAGAUUAAACUGAGGAAUUUUGCAAAGCUGUCAUAUGUGACUGUUUUCACAGUAGCAAACUUCUUACCCUUUACUGCAUCCCUGAUAUGCUUUCUGCUUUUAAUCUGUUCCUUGUGUAAACAUCUUAAGAAGAUGCAGCUCUAUGGAAAAGAAUCUCAAGAUACCAGGACCAAGAUCCACAUAAAGUCUUUGCAAACUGUGAUUUCUUUCCUUUUGCUCCUUGCUGUUCACUUUAUAUAUCUAUUUAUAACAGUUUGGAAUUCUGAUAGGCCACCUACGGAGCUGGAUAUUAUGCUUCGUCAAGCUAUUGGAAUGAUCUAUCCUGCAUGCCACCCAUUAAUCCUAAUUUGGGGAAGCUCAAAGCUAAAACAGACCUUUCUUUCAUUAUUUUGGCAGAUGAAAUUUCUUCUGAAAAGCCAGAAACCUUCAACUCUUUAA